AUGCGUGGAAAGCUGGAUGGUCGAGCUCGUGGUUCGUGCGAGGGCCUACCACAGAUCUAUGAGUCCAUUUUGUACUUCAUUACCAGCAAGUUUGCGGGCACACUUGCAUUGUCUGUCUGUCAGGGCGAGAGUAACUGCUCAGUAGAUAUUUUUGGGAACGCAAUUUGGAAGUCUUUGCAGGAGAUUUUGUCAACAAAAUACGGCAUCAUUUUCCAGGCAGCUGGCCCGCAACGCUUCCACCAAAGCUUCACUAUAAGCAUGCGUUUUCUAGCUGAUAUCGAGGAGCGCUUCUGCAAAAGUGAGAUCAUGAAAAGUCGCUUCCGGUCUCAUGAGAGUGUGGUGGAGUUCAAGGAAAAGUGGAACAUCGACGUAUACUUCCAGCUUCGAGCAUCUCAAGUCGCUUCAAGUGUAGAAAAGUCUUUUGGGUUGAAACGUGAAGAUUCGGCCUCGUUGGAUUCACUAUACGGCAGUGUGUCCAUCAUUGCUGACACAUCGACAUUAGGGUUCGAGAACUCAAAGUGUUUGUGGAAAGCACUUCAAGAGUGCUGGAGUGAGUGCAUCUUCCUGGCACCUCUGCUUCCCAACUUCUGCAAACUUAGCAUGCAGCUUUUCGCGUACUAUAUUGGCAUGUGGAAGGAGCCGUUGCAGAAUGCCGUCAGGGUACUUAACAGUGGAACCAAGGUAGAUUUUAGUUCUGUGCCGCUUUGUUGUUUGAGUACGGAAGGAGAUCUAUUGCUUGCUGGAAGCGACUUUCGCGUGCUUUACAAAAAGAUUUCUCAAGAUCUCUUAGCAAUUGUAAGGAAUCACGUUGACGACUUCAUAGACGAUAGCCAAGCCUUCGUGACCGAACUUUUGCAACAGAAACGCCACCAACAGAGUCGUAGACAGUACGAUGGCGAGGAAGACAGUGGUGAUGCGAUUCAGAGCGAAGUGGCGCAGCAUUCACUUCUUCCAUUCAUCCAGGAUCCGCGCAUGUGGGUGUUUAAGUGCAAGCCUGGUCGCGAGCAGCAUCUUGUGGUGGCACUCAUGAACAAGUUUGUUGAGUUUGCACGCCUUGGUGGACCUUUGAUGGUCAAAUCUGUGGUGGCCUCCAACUCAAAGGGCUUCAUCUAUGUGGAGGCGGAGCGCAAGCCGCACGCGAGAGAUUGUCUGAAUGGUUUGCGUGAUGUACAGCAAUGGUUGAUGAAGCUGGUGCCUAUCCAUGAAAUGACGUCGAUUUUGGAUGUUUAA